GCAGCAGCAUCCUCACCUGGGCGCCUGUUACCAAUGCAGAUCCUCUCGGCCCCACCCAGACCUGCGCCUUCGGAAGCGGCGGAGGCGGGGCCUGACCCCGAGCGGUUUAACAAGCCCUCCAGGUGCCCCGGGGGCGCAGGCGGAGGGCGGCAUGAAAGGAAGCGGCGGGAGGGAAACGCCUCCUUUUCCAGGUUGAGUGGCCGCUUCCCGGUCCGCGCCCCCGGGCCUCCCAGCAGCCGGCCGCGGGCGGCCCCCGUGAGGCCCCCGGCCCGCUGCCCCGGAGCCCCUCUCCCGGGUGCCCGCCCGGGCCCUCUCCUCUCCUGCGGGCGCGCCAUGCAGCGCCGCAGCACCGGCAGUGCGGCCGACAGGGCGGCGGCGGCCCUGCUCUGGGGCUGUGAGCUCACCCAGGAGAAGCGGACGUGCACCUUCAGGCCGCAGGAGGGGAAGCAGGGCUAUUUGCUUGGGCGAGAAAGCCAAAGAGGAAAUGAACCUCGUGGAGAUCCUGCCCGCAGCAAACCAGGAGGACAAGAAGAGCAAGCCCAUCACCAUUGCCUCGCUCCAGGCCUCCGUGCUACCCAUGGUGAGCCUUUUCCCGGCGCAGGGAGACUGCCUGCUCCGGCCUCACACUCCGGGCGGGAAUGGACACAAACAUGGGACCCCAGCUGUUCCUCUGAAGUACAACCCGAGACUGUUGUCAUGAUGGGAUUUGAGAUUUCUCCUCCAGUCACUUUUCAGCUCCGAGCUGGCUCAGGACCCGUGUUCCUCAGUGGCCAGGAAUGUUACUCCGCCUCAGAUCUAUCCUGGGAAGAGGAGGAGGAGGAGGAGGAGGAGGAGGAGGAGGAAGAGCAGGAGGAGGAGGACCAGGAGAAGGAGGAGGAUGUGUCCCUGGAGGAGGAGAGCCCCGUCAGACUAGCCAAGAGGCCGGCGCCCCAGAGGCAGACCAGCGUCGCCAAGAAGAAAAGGGUGGAAAAAGAAGAGGAGGCAGCAAGCAGAUGGAAGCCUAAGAAGGAAAAGCAUCUUGUUGAAAAAGAGUCAGAAUGGCCCCUGGCAGGUGACAGACCCAGUCUUAAAGACAAGAGCCUUGGGAAAAAGGCCAAACCCACCAGCAGGCCUAAGAAGGUGGAAUCCACGAAGUGAGGAGCCAGGAGAAGCUUGGCUGCGGUGACCAGCACACAGAGUGG